UACCUCCUUCUCGACGUAUUUUUGUAAUGGCUCAAAAUCAACAUUGAGAAACAUUAUUCCGUUUAACCACACAUUUGCAUUUUACAAAACCUGACAUUUACUAAUCCAAGUGGCCCCUGUUCCUACUUAUAUAGGACCACACAUAAAUGUCCCAAAAAAGAUAAACAGUUCAAAAGUAGAUAGCCUACAUUUUACAUAAUUGUUUACAUUAUAAAUACAAAUGAUAUACAUUUAUAAUCAAUUAACAAGUCAUUGUUAUUUUUCUAAAUGCCGGGCAAGUAGAUGGUCUAGCCUGCAGACCCUAGCAACAAUCUGCAAUAAAGCGCUUUUAAUGUAUAGGCGGUGACAGUGAGUAAAUCAACCAAGACCUUGGCGGUGCAUAUUGGAAGCGCAGCGGCAAAAGAUCCAGACAGCGGUGUGGGCUAGCAGCACCAUGUCCAGCCGAGGAGGCAAGAAGAAGGCGACGAAGACGUCCCGCUCCACCAAGGCAGGGGUCAUCUUCCCGGUGGGGCGCAUGCUGCGCUACAUCAAGAGGGGGCUGCCCAAGUACCGGAUCGGGGUGGGGGCACCCGUUUACAUGGCCGCCGUCCUGGAAUACCUGACAGCUGAGAUCCUGGAGCUCGCGGGAAACGCAGCGCGGGACAAUAAGAAGGGCCGGGUCACCCCACGCCACAUCCUGCUCGCCAUCGCUAACGACGAGGAGCUGAACCAGCUCCUAAAGGGUGUGACCAUUGCGGCCGGGGGGGUCCUGCCCAACAUCCACCCUGAGCUGCUGGCUAAGAAACGGGGGUCAAAGGGCAAACUGGAGGUGGUCGUCGCGCCUCCCCCGGCCAAGAAACCCAAGACGUCCGGGAAGAAGGCGAUGGUGAAAAAGCUGAGUGGCAAGAAGGCAGCUGCCGCCAAGGCCAAGAAACAGGCAGUAGAGGUGAGCAAAGCUGCGUCGGCAGACAGCACCACGGACGGAACCCCCGCCGACAGCUUCACCGUGCUGUCCUCCAAGAGCCUCUUCCUGGGCCAGAAGCUCAACCUCAUCCACAGUGAGGUCAGUAACUUGGCUGGCUUUGACGUGGAGGGGGUCAUCAAUCCCACCAAUGCAGACAUUGACCUUAAAGACGAUCUAGGUAAAGCUCUGGAGAAGAAGGGAGGGAAGGAGUUUGUGGAUGCCGUCGAUGACUUGAAGAAGAAGAACGGCCCCCUUGAUGUCGCUGGAGCUGCCCUGACUGGAGGCUUUGGCCUUCCUGCUAAGUUUGUGAUCCACUGCAACAGCCCUGGCUGGGGCUCAGACAGGUGUGAGGACCUGCUGGACAAGACGGUGAAGAACUGUCUGGCUCUGGCAGACGAGAAGAAGCUCAAGACUGUGGCCUUCCCCUCCAUCGGCAGCGGAGGGAAUGGUUUCCCUAAGCAGACGGCUGCCCAGCUCAUCCUGAAGGCCAUCUCCAGCUACUUUGUGGCCACCAUGUCCUCGUCCAUCAAGACCGUCUACUUUGUGCUGUUCGACAGCGAGAGCAUCGGCAUCUACGUACAGGAAAUGGCCAAGCUGGAAACAAACUAAGUCCGGUUUCCUCCACCCUGCACCCCUCACCCCCACGUCACACCCCUCGCCUCCACCCUGACCCCCUCACCGGCGCCCCUCACCCCUUGCCUCCACCCUUAACCCCCUUACCCCCACCCCGCGCCCCUCUCCUCCACCCUGACACCCUCACCCCGAACAAACUCUCCUCUUUGAUUUUCUGAGGAGAACAAAAAGAUGUCUAUUAGUGAUUUGUAAAAAAACUGUCAAAAACUUUGGACACUUUAUUUUAUGUAUUCUCCUAUCUCGUUAUUGUUUGAUCGAUCAACUGUUUUUCUUGAAGUAUUUGGCUGUUUCUCUGUUGAGCUCGGUAACGGUGGAUCAAGAAGGAACAAGCGUACUGUAUCCACCUACGUCUGUAGGAGGUGAAUGAAGUUCACUAAGCCAUUGGUAGCGUACAGCUUCAGUAGAAUGUCCAUGUCCAAUUCUUUGACUUGUACUUCUUUCCUAAAAGUUGUUUAUUUGGAAGGGUUUUGCCUUCCAAGUGAUUGCAAAUUAUGUGGCUGAGAUUACACAAACGUUUGCGAUUACUAUAUGAAGAUUGAGAUUGAGAUUACCAUAGUUUAUGCAUACUGUUUGUGUUUGUGCUGUGUGAUGCACCAUAUACCUGACUCUCUUUAAAGGGAGAGAGCUGUUAUGUUCAAAGUGAAUGUUAUUAAUAUGUCAAAAUGAUGUGUUUGUUUAAAGUUGGACUAUGACAUCGGCGGUACUUGUAGAAAAAAGUUUUUUAUUCUAAUUUUCACUGAUUUGAGAAGAAAAGAAAAACUUUUUUUUAUUUAUGAAGUUAUAAAAGAAUAAGGAUGUACAGACUUCCAGGGUUGUACAGACUUUAAGACAGCAGUUCUCCUUUGUCUCCACUGGGUGGCACCCUCUGGCCAGGAACGACACCGCAGAAGAGCCAUUUUACACACAACGGUGUGUGACUCGUUUCAUUUAGACGACGGGAAUGCACAGUGAAAGAUUCGGUGAACAUGGGGUUUGAGAUUUGGGUGUAUUAAGAUAAUUUCGGAUGCAUGUAGACAACUUGCUCCAAACAUGCUGCAUUGAACGGGAUUUUCAAGAUCUUUCUAUUAAAACACGUCUUGAGGACUGUAUGCUUUAUAAUUACUGCUACGAUUAAUAACGUCUGUACCCAAUCCGAUAAUAAAAUAAGAAAAACAACUAAA